CUUCCACUUGAUGCUUGUGCACGGUCUGGCGCGUCGGUCGACUCGACGGCUAUGGCCAACUGGUGGCCCCCAUAGCUCUGUAACGGUGCAAACGCCUGUUUGCAGACGUACGUUUUUAAGCAUGGCUACCAUGACGGAAGGCUUCCUAGACCUAGCCAUUGCUUUGCCUUAUCCCGCCGGAUGGCCCGCGUAUUCCUCUACAAUCAUCCUUCUCACUGUCCUCUCCAGGCUGGCGAUUACGGUACCAUUCUCUGUCUGGGCAAAAAAGCGGCAAUGGAGAGCAGAGGACGAGGUCAUUCCACGAGUGAAGGAACUAGCUCCCGAGGUGUCUCGACUCGUCCUAAAAGACAUGAAAGAAGGGAGAGUGAAGGGAACCCAACAAGAGCUCCAAGCAAUGCAUGGCAAACGUGUGCAGCAUAUCCUGAAUACCCGACGUGACGAGCUCCUCAAGGAAUACAACUGCAGGCCGGGCGUCACAAUGGCCAUUGCUCCACUCACUCAGCUUCCGCUUUUCAUGGGAUGCUCGAUCCUCUUGACGCGACUUUCUCAGCAUCCUACGCCGUUCGACUCGGAAUCUUUUCUGACACUGUCAACGUUAACACAUGCCGACCCCACAGCUACACUACCAAUAGUUCUGGGAUUCUUAACUUUGGCCAACGUGGAAAGUUCACGGUGGCUUAUGACUGACGCCCAGCGGGAGCGUGAAGUGAAAGUACAGCAAUGGAAGGAGGCUAAGGUCGCAAAAGGAGACACGGUCCUUGAGCCUCAGAAGAUCAUCAAAUCGUCCCUUCGUAUCCUAUCCGUUGGUCGUAUCGUAGUGGCCACUAUGGUACCAGGGAGUGUCGUGCUCUACUGGAUCACAUCAGCAGCAUUCGGUCUGGUGCAGACCUGGGCGUUAGAUUUUUGGGAAAUUCGAAGGCGACGCACGAAGGCUUUGCCUUCCCCUUCUCCACCGCAAGGCCCGCCUUCACCCCAGCGCAAACCGAACAAGUCGGAUAAAAUCCCUGCGCGAUGACAGCUUGCGACGGAGUUAGCUUAAUAUUUCGUAUAAUAUUGAUGUAAUGUCGCGUAGCCAAUAUCGUCAACAAUUGGCGAAGCGUCAGGAGACAGCUGUAAGAGGACCCCCGAAAAGAGACUUGAACUCGGGCCGAGGUGUCGGGACUCGGGAGUAUUCAGACUUUCCGGAAGCGCAGGGGUGUAGAAGCACAGCCACCUUUGUACCCUUAGGCACUUGACAUGAUCAACUACAUCCUCCUCGUAUCCC